AGUGUUGUUCUGUACUGACUGGAAACAAACGGCUUUACUAUGGAGUUGGGAAGAGUUUGGUCCCGACAUCAGAGGACGUUGCUGAUCACUGUGAUGAUGUUCAAACUGGGUCUUCUGUGCACAGUGGCAGCAGACAACUGUCUCUCAUCUCCCUGCAACAAUGGUGCCACAUGUCUUGAGCACCUGGAUGACUAUGUGUGUCUAUGCCCCAAAGGACCAGUAUGGUUCAUGGGCAAAAACUGUGAGGAUCUGUAUGAUCCCUGUAUUACUGCACCUUGUACCAACUGUACCAGCACCCUCGGGACUGACGAGUUCAGCUGCCUCUGUCCAGAUGGAUUCACGGGGCUAAACUGCAACCAGGAUGUAGACGAAUGUUACAGCAAUCCUUGCAAUGGUGUCAAGUCCUACUGUGUCAACGGAAUCAACGGAUAUUCCUGCUACUGUCCCCAUGGAUUUGGAGGUGAUGACUGCCAGGUUAAUGUGACAACUUGUUCAGAGGAAACAUGCCAGAAUGGUGGUAACUGUGUAGACAUCCUUGACACCGGGCCCCAGUGCCUGUGUGCUGCCGGGUACCAGGGGACGAACUGUGAGGAGGACACUGAUGAAUGUCAGUCACAGCCCUGUCAGAACGGAGCCAUUUGUAAAGAUGGGGUCAAUGCCUACCAGUGUUUCUGUGUCCCUGGAUUUCAGGGCUACCACUGUGAUUUGGACAUUAACGAGUGUGCCUCCCAACCCUGUCAGAACAACGGCACAUGUCUGGAUGAAGUGGAUCACUACACAUGUGACUGUGUCCCAGGCUUCAAAGGGUUUAACUGCGACGUGGAGAUCGAUGAGUGCGAGGUGCACCCUUGCCAGAACAGCGGCACCUGUUGGGACUACAUUGCCAUAUACAGGUGUCAGUGCAUGGCCGGCUUCCAGGGACAAGACUGCGAGGUCAAUAUUGAUGAAUGUGCCAGCGUGCCCUGUCUGAAUGAGGGCAAGUGCAUAGAUGGGGUCAACAGCUAUGAAUGUGACUGUGAGGGAACAGGCUUUGUAGGCGACUACUGUGAAGAUGAUAUUCCUGAAUGUGCUUCUGACCCCUGCAAACAUGGAGCCACCUGCUUGGAGGGAAUCAACCAGUACAAGUGCCUUUGCUGGCCAGGUUAUGAGGGAGAGAACUGCCAGUUGGAUACAGACGAUUGUGAACAGCAUCCCUGUGAGAAUGAUGGAGAGUGUUUCCAGCGAUCAGAUGCCAGGAACUAUGGGAUGCUGCCUGAACUCAGCACAGCCAUCUUCACAUAUGAAGAGGCAGCUGGCUUCAUCUGCCACUGUUUGCCAGGGUUCACCGGAGACAACUGCUCAGUCAAUGUGGACGAGUGUGAGUCUGCUCCAUGUCACCAUGGAGGACAAUGCCAGGAUCUGGUCAACUCUUAUCAAUGUGUGUGUCCAGACGGCUUCACAGGUGUAUACUGUGAGGUCGACAUCAACGAGUGUGAUCGCAAUCCCUGCCAGAAUGGCGCGACGUGUGAAGAUGCUGCCAACUCCUAUAGGUGUCACUGCCCGAUGCCCGAGCCUGACCAGGAACCCUUGGGGGGGCGAGACUGUGACGUCCGCCUAGUCGGCUGCCAACAUCACCAGUGUCAACACAAAGCAGGUUGUGACCCAAUGCUGACAGAUGAUGGAGAGCACAGCUACACCUGCAAGUGUCCAUCCGGCUGGACUGGAGAACGCUGCAACACCUCAACUACCUUCUCCUUCAACUCGGAGGGCUACAUUCACAUGCAGCUGCCUAUUCCUGCAAACAAGACUAGGCGUGAGGUUCAUGGCAAUGACCAUGGGAUCCACAUGCAGCUCAGAUUCAAGAGUACUCUGCCUGACAUGGUGCUGUACUACCGGGGCAUUAAGGAGCGCUUUUUCUCAUUGGAAAUUAUUAGUGGCUCCCUCCAGGCCAGGGUCAAGUCAGGGAAGGUAAUGCAGGCCAUUUACCCUGGCCCUGUCAAUGAUGGGGAAUGGUACCAGGUCUCUGUGACCAUGGAUGAGAGGCUGGUCCUGACUGUGAAAGGACUUGGCUGUGAGGAAGGGUGCCAGGUGAAGAAUGAGGGCCACAACCAUCUGACCUUCCUCCAGCCCAGCUCCUUUCUGCAGCUGUAUGUAGGAGGGGCACCACAGGAAUACUUACGCCAUACUUCCAGUGGGAGGGGGUUCAUUGGCUGUAUGGAGGACCUUCAUGUUGACCAUAAGCUGCUUCUGCCUCAGGACCUCAUCAGAGAGGAGAACCAAGGCCUGGAAUUGGGAUGCACCAAAAAAGACUGGUGUCAUGAAGACCCAUGCAUGGAACGUGGGCAGUGUGUGGACAUGUGGGUUCGUGCCAGAUGUCAGUGUCACCGGCCCUACUACGGAGAAAGCUGUGAGGAAGAGUACCCGUCCUGGACCUUCGGCCAUGAGAACAUCACCAGCUACUCAACCUUCAAUAUCUCAGAAACCCAUGGAGACAACUUCACCAUCUCCUUUUUAAUGCGCUCCCUCAAACACAAUGGCCUCCUCCUGCAGCUCAGUCGAGAAGGAAAGUCCUACCUGACGAUCUAUCUAAGGGAAGGCACUGUUGCUAUCUACAGUCUUUAUACCACAUUGCUGUCUGAGGCAAAGUUUGUCACUGAUGGCAACAAUAAUUUGGUCACUAUCAAGGUACGCUUCGGCCAUGUGGUCUUCCCCAAAGCGGGGAAUCAUCGUUCCUUAGGGAAUGUGAGUGUGGAGGCAGGAGAUGUAGCGUAUGUUGGCGGGCUCCCUUUGGACAAGAGCAUAAACAAUUGGGGUGGAAACUUCAAGGGCUGCCUGCAGGACAUUCGGCUGGACCACAAGUAUCUGACCAUUGAGGAUCAUCCAGACAGCCUGGAGGUUUACCAGGCAAGCACAGAGAAUGUGCUGCGAGGAUGUCAAAGUGAUGACACAUGCAAGGAUGAGCCCUGUACUAAUGGUGGACAGUGUCACAUCACCUGGAAUGACUUCAUCUGUGACUGUUCCAUUCACUACACUGGCCGGCUGUGUGAGACACGUCUAUGGUGCGUCGACAACCCUUGUUUUGAUGGAGUGGACUGUGUGGACCUACAUGAUGGUUAUGAGUGUUUAACUGAAGCACUUUUCCAGGACAACUCUCUCCGAUAUGUUGCCAACAGCUCCCUACUGAGCCCUGUAACCAACAUCACCAUGGACAUAAGAACGCGAGACGAGAACGGGAUCUUGUUGCGAACCACCAGCGGAGCCGUGGUCUUCUGCCUGGGUCUACUCAACUCCUCUCUGCUGGUCAAGCUGGAUAGCGGGGAGAGUACAGAGCUUCUGGCAUUCACAAGUGACAGGGUCAUCGCAGAUGGGGUGUGGCACCGUAUCCAACUGACCAUGGUCGACCCCACACAGUCAAUGUCCCGCUGGCGCCUAACCAUGGAUGGGCAAAGAGUGGGGGCCAGCUUUGGUGUUGGUGGUACCCUCAACUUCCUCAACGAUACUGAAAUCUGGCUGGCAGAGAAAUACACUGGAUGCUUAGGGGAGGUGAGAGUGGGUGGAGUCUAUCUGCCGCUCAUUAAUGUACCAGACGCCCCUCAAGUGAGCCGCUUCUCCAGAAUGGGAGGCCAUGAGCCAAUCAUAGGAUGCCAAGGUGCACCAAUUUGUGAUUCCCAACCCUGCCUAAACCAGGGUGAGUGCCAGGACCAAUUCUUUGAGUUCAACUGCAGCUGCAAAGCUGGAUGGGAGGGGGAGCUUUGCGAGAUAGAGAUAAACGAAUGCUCUUCAGGUACCUGUGUCUAUGGUACAUGCAAAGACCUCCUGGCUGACUACCAGUGUGACUGUGAGCCUGGAUACACAGGAAAAUACUGUCAGAAGGAGGUGGAUAACUGUCUGGAGUUCAGUUGUGUGAAUGGAGGAACCUGCGGGGAAACAGUGGGAACUCACACGUGUUUUUGUCCUCCUGGCUAUGUCGGCAAGCGCUGCCAGUGGCGUUUCCCCCCAAUGGCAUGUGAUGCAUACACAGAUUGUCUUAAUGGAGGGGUUUGUAUAGGAGGAAGCUCUGGAGGAAAUUGCACCUGCAAGCCUGGAUACACUGGAGCCAGGUGCGAGACAGAAAUAGACGAGUGUGAGUCCAACCCUUGUCUCAACGGUGCCACCUGUCUGGACAGACUCAACCACUUCCAGUGUGUGUGUGUGCUAGGCUUCAGCGGCAUACGGUGUGAGAGCAAUAAAGAGGACUAUAUGGAACGAGUUCCCUGGCUUGCUGUGACCAUCCCUCUGAUCACGCUGUGUAUGUUAGUGGCCAUCCUGGUGGUAUUUUUCCUCAUUAUGACGGCCCGGAAGAAGCGUCAGUCGGAGGGCACAUAUAGUCCGAGCUCACAGGAAGUAGCUGGUGCCAGGCUGGAGAUGGGCAGCGUCCUCAAAGUUCCUCCAGAGGAGCGGCUCAUCUGAGUCCUACAGCUCUGCCUCACAACUUCACAUCCUGUGGAUGUACUGUAUCUAUGUACAGGGCCUAGAUAACAUGUGUUCUGCAUUGUGACACUGCUGAGCUCUCCUGCCCUAUACAAGAAAAAGAUAGAGUAUAAAUCAAUGACUGAUAAUCUGCCUGGGAAAACUACUGAUUUUGAAGCCUGCGAGGUGGACAAAUAAAGACCAGAUGUGAGAGAUGGACAGUCACCUUAUAUCUGAAGCUGUCCUGUUGCUGGGAGUGUGGUCAAAGCAUGCAAUGGCCCUGGAUCUCCCCUUGUAACUGUGAUAAAAACUCAAACUUGGUUUGCAUGGGACCAAAGGCCAAUGAGGAUUAUAUGAACUAAAGGAAAGCCCGAAACCUGUGGAAACUGAGCAAUGUAUUCAUUCAGACGGAAAGUCACUGAAACUGUUCAUGCAAAGCAAAACCUUUUUGGAGCUGAAAACCUGCCUCUGCAGAUUUCACAUCUGACUCUGUUUUACAUGACAGGGGAGAGAGGAAUGUGUAGAGGGCGAAAAAUACACCUGAAACAAUUCCGUCAAUACCAUUUUAAACUGCACGAAAAUCUAUUGCAAAUUAUUAUCAGGAGAGGAUUUCUUCACAAACUCACUUCUUGUAAUAGUACUACCUCCAUAUACAAGUAGUUCAUGUUAAGGAAUCUAUAUAAAUUCUGGCUCUAUCUGGUCCGAUCCCCCUGGUCAUGCUUACCCUGAAUUUGUUCUACUCUGAUGCCAUGUGGGCUUUGCCACUUUAUUUUUAUCUCCUUGCAAAUUUGUAAUUUCAUCUUUUUUCUCAGAGUUAAUUAAUUUUAAAUGAAAACAGUGUUUUUCUUUGCUGGAUCGUAAGUGUUUGAAAUGUACACUGUUGUCUCGUUCACUGAUUCUUUCAUGGGGAGCUUUCACUCCUCCAAGCCUCUGUCCCUCCUUGUCUGACCUGCUGCAGUCGUCACUGUGAAUGAACAAAUGUUAAAAGUAAUGAACCUUCCUGAAUGUGCAGAUGGAGAUCACUGCUGCUUCUGCAGGCAUCAGGAAGUGUUGUGUUAAUACUUUUUGUAUUAUAUUGUCUGUGUGCACUGUAUGGCUAACAGGUUAACCACUAUACCCAUGUUUGUUAGUGUGAAAGUAUGCUGUGAGCGUCUUGGUCUUGUCUUGUGUAGAAUGAGUAGCUCAAGUUCAAGCCACUGUAUUUUAUAAUGUUUGUUAUCUUCAAUGAAAACAGUAUUUAAUUGUAGAGAUCUUGUUUUUAUGAAAGGUGGUCACAUCAGUUUUUAUGGCCGUUAAUCAUUUCAAGUUUCAAAUGUUAGAAUUAAGAACUCAAGUAAUUUAAAAAAGUUCUUCAAUAUUUUUGGAAUUUACUCUAGGUGUGAGAUAAGACGUGUAAGUUUAGCUAGGCUAUCUUAGAGGAUCACCUGACCUGCCACUGUUGAGAAUGUAAAAGUACAUGUAUCAUAGCUCAUCUAGAUCUACAAUCCACACAAACAGAAAGUUCAAAUUAAAAGCUCCUCGUAAGGAACUGUUUCAUGACACACAGAUUGAUCCAGUAACUGUGCUCACUGCACAGUGAGGUUGACACACCACAUUUGAUUCUGUGUGGUGUGACACUCCUUAAAACCAGAGGAUUUGAUUUCUUUACAUAUCUGAUGAUUAAACAGAUAAGAUAUCCCACCACUCACCUGCCUUCCACUUUGAACUCACCAGGGCUGCUAACUGCUAUUGUACCAGCCAACCUGAAAGCUUUACAGAUGUUUGUAAGAUGUUGAUGUGACAUGAAGUCAGACGGACACAUUGUACCAGUUGAAUGUUCAUGGUAAAAUUUGAGAAACAUUUUGUUAAAGGAAAGUCACAAACAAGUGACACCUGAACAUGAAUUAGAAUUUUGAUCAUGAUCUGUCAUAUUUACUGUGGGGUUUGCACCAUUGAAUUAUUUAUUACCCAACGUUUGUAUUGACUUUAUUUCCUCUGACGCGGUGCUUCUGUCCUGAUGUUGCAUGUGGCAAAGAUUAGACUCCAUAUAAGGGCAAAAUAAUGCAGACAACACUGUCCACAAACUGCAGUGUACUUUUUGUGUGCUGUUUUAUUGCAGAGGCCUCUCAGUUCCAAUGGAAAAAGAUUAUUCCACGGCAGGUCCUUAAAGAAUUGGUUUCCACUGUUUGGUGUGGAAGAAGAAGACUGACCGACUUGGGCUGAGUCUUCAGCCCAACUCCAACCUACAUGUGACUGGAUGACUGUGAGCCAGACCUUAUCAGCCAACAUAAGUGAGACUUAACUAAAAGGCUCCCUUGGCUAGGAGCAAAUCACGCAUUGGUUUUGGAAUGUGAUAUUCAGGAGUUAGAUAUGGUUGGAAUGUUACAGUGUCAAUACCUCUAGCCAUGAAUGUGGAGUGAUGCCAAAUCUACAACAGGCCAUGAUCCACUCAUGGCCUGUUGUUUUACCUAUUACAGAAGGUUGCAUGGCUGUACGUUUUAAGUUUCACUGUAAAUGUAGAAAUCAGACAUGAGGAAUGGGAGCAGAACAAUUAUAAAUGUUCUUAAAAGAUCUGAGAAUGGAAUGUCGAUGCACCAUUAUUUAAGUGGAUUCUUAAUCAUUUAUUGUAAACUCUGAAAAAGUCAAUGUGAAUUGUAUUUAUCUUCUGGUGGCAGAGCAACAGGACUAUUUGUCAUAUUAGAGAAACAUGUUCUAAUGUCUCCUGCUUCCCACAGUCAAUGGAAACUCAAAUAUGUCCUCCAUGUUUACUUGCUGGUUUGAUAAAGGGUAAUGUCUACUUCCAUGAUAGUUCCAUCAGCAAGGAGUCAUGUCUUAGAUAUGUGAAUGAAACUAGGCUACCUUAAAUGAAACUCCUCACAACUUUCACAAUAUUCAAAUAAAGGUUUUGCAGCCAUCUGUUAAAAGAUAUGGUUAUAAUGUAACUAGCUUGCCAUUGAUUAGAGAACUGCAAAUAAAUAACAACUGCACACAAGUGGAAUCAAGAAAAACAAUGUCAUCUUUGCUGAGAAUUUGUGGUCUCUUAAUUCUUAGCCCGAGCAGCUAAGUGGUUUUCUUGUGCAUUAACCGCAGCUUCAACUGGGUCCUGCUAACUCAACUAAAUCAUGGUCGGCUGGUGUAUUUUCUUUAAGAUCUCCAGCUUCCUGAACCAGAGGUUCUGUAAUUAUUUUUGGGUAUUUUAAAGUUUUGCUUUGAAAUUAUCUGCAGUUCAGCAUUUCUAGUAUGAUUCCGAAAAGUAUUUAACACUGUUAAGGUAAAAAAAUAUAUAAUACUGUUGCUUUAAUUGGAGUUUUAACACAAUGUAACUCAGAUCAGUGGAGUUAAUAUAACUGAGGGAAGUUAAAAAGAUGGCCACCACGCUUUAGUUCACCAUGCAUGUAAUUCCAAAAGGUCAAGGGACAAUGAGAGAUAAUAUGCAUCAGUCUCCAUGCAGGGAUGUACAUGAUGAGACAGUAUGGGCCUUCACGUGCACCUGCAUCUGCAGAACCCAAUGUCAGACUGAUUCACGUCUUUGUUUUAACGUAGCUGUAGGCCACUGAUAUAAAUCGCAUUGUAAAAAGUGUUAUUCUGCUCAAAUAUCCAAAUUGUGCUCAACCCAUGAUGGUGUUAAACAGGCAUACAUUGUUACAUGAUACUGAUGCUAUGUGGUAGUGAUUUUACACUGGAGUUUUUUUUACUGAAGCUGUACCAUGUACAGCAAACUGCACUGAUCAGUACAUGAGGAGUUGUCUUCCAAAGUAUUCCAUUAAACCUCAGAGUAAUCAUUGCUGGAAUUUUCUAAUUCCACAUUGUAAGUGAUACUAGAGCUAUGACUUUUAUUCUGUAACACACUAACAUUCAUAUAUGAAUCAUAGUGUCUUAUAUUUAACAACUUUUUGGAGCUGAACGUUAUUAGCAGUAUUUACAGCUAUUUCCCACAUUUUUUCUCGUUUUGGAAUAGAAUUCUUCAUUUGUUCUGAGAAGUCUGUAUAUAUGACAAGGAAU